CGCGAUUAAGAAUGUCUACGAUGUUGCUUCAGUUUGCAAUUUUUGCAGCAACAUUUUACCUUAACAUUUAUGCUCAGCCAAACGAUAUUCGGGAUCCACAGGCAGUCGAUGCUUUGUAUUCUGAAAAUGCUGUGACAAUAGGUGAAUUGAAUGUAAUACUUGCGCAACUGAAAAAAGAAAUGACGGUUAAAUGUAAAAAGGGGGAUAAAGGAUACCCUGGAAUUGACGGUCUUCCCGGACUUCCAGGAUUGAAGGGCGAUCCCGGUGUUCCUGGUUUUGACGGUCUACCUGGUAGACGUGGAGACAAGGGACAAUCGACGAGGGGUCCACCAGGUGAUCAAGGAUUGAAAGGUGAACCAGGAAAACCAGGACUUCCCGGUGGAUUAAAAGGCGAAUCCGGUAUUCCGGGGUUAAAAGGUGACGUUGGUCCAACUGGUAGACGUGGUCGAAGAGGUCAAAAAGGAGCAAAAGGAGAAAAUGGCGAACUCAGCUCGGGAACUCAGUGCUCAAACGGCUUACCUGGAAUGAACGGAUCUCCAGGAAGAGACGGAUUUCCAGGGUUGCCAGGACGGAAAGGAUCACGUGGCCACCGGGGGCCAGCUGGAUUAGAUGGUCGUCCAGGAUAUCCUGGUCUCCUGGGACAAAAGGGUGAACCAUGUCACAAUGAUUAUGGGUUUAUUGGUUAGAAGCCUACAUAUAGGUUGGCGUUUCGAUUUUUAGGCAAGCUUAAACUCUCUAAUGACACUAUUCUAGCGCCAAAAAUUAAACGUAUACUAGAAUAAACGAUAGCCGUGAACAGACGUUGCUCGACAGUGACUAUAAAUUAGUACUUAUAUUCUCUGUUACAUAGAUAAAUAAUGUGCCACACAACGUAAAUGCGAGGCCUUUUAGUCAUAGAGGAUUGUUAUUAGAAAUUUCGAAAUUUCACCAAAAAAAACUAUUCUACUUUCACUUGUUUGGACAAGAAAGAGACAUUUUACAAAGGGUCGAGAAAAAUGAGAUUUCAAUGCGUGCCAUUCAAUCGAGACCUCUUUACAGAGAAAAAAAUGGACACCAUUUGCUAAAAAUUUAUUUUUGAAGAUGUUUAAUUUCCGAAGACGUUCAACUAUAACUCAUGUAGAUGGACGUGUCAUUUUGAAGGGAAGAUUCCUCCGCAGGUUGCAAGGAUGACAUAAUUUUUAUCAAUAACAUUGAGAAAAAUAUACGUAUCUAAAGUAUCUGGUACAAACAAACAGGGCAGAUGGGUUUAUAUUCAAUUUCAUGGGACGUUUUUGUAGGGAAUAAAGCCUCUACUUAUAUAUUCUACAUAUACCUUUUACAUCAUAAAUUAUUAGCAUAUAUAAAGUAAUAAAGAUGAGUUGUAAUGAGGUCUAUAAUUAUAUAAAUCAAAGAAGAGGAAUCCAAUGAAUGAUCAAACAUACGAGGGGUGAUCAAUAAGUAAUGGACGCUUUUUUACAUGGAUGCUUUUUAUUGACCAAUCUCUUUAAUUUUUUCACCAGUGAUACAUAAUUCAAUUUCUUAUCAACUCUGAAGAUUUGGAGACGAAGCAUGGAAUAUAUUUUGAUAUAUC